AUGGACACCCUUGGAAUCGGGGUUCGGGUCUGGCGGUACUUGAAGGGCAAAGAUGUGGUGACUCAGGAGAGCCUGAUGGACGGCGGCAACAAGGUGGUGAUUGGCGGCUUUGGUGACCCCCUCAUCUGUGACAACCAGGUGUCCACUGGGGACACAAGGAUCUUCUUCGUGAACCCUGCACCCCCGUACCUGUGGCCAGCCCACAAGAACGAGCUGAUGCUCAACUCCAGCCUCAUGCGCAUCACCCUGCGGAACCUGGAGGAGGUGGAGCACUGUGUGGAAGACAAACCUGGGACCCACUUCACACCAGUGCACUCAACACCUCCAGAUGUUUCCCCAGAGAGCUGCCCUCCCCGGCGGGCGCCCGUGUGCGGGGACGACGGUGUCACCUACGACAGCGAGUGUGUCAUGGGCCGCACCGGGGCCGCCCGGGGCAUCCUCCUCCAGAAAGUGCGCUCCGGACAGUGCCAUCCUCGAGACCAGUGCCCAGACCCCUGCAGGUUCAAUGCCGUGUGCCUGUCCCGCCGAGGCCGCCCCCGCUGCUCCUGUGACCGGAUCGUCUGUGACGGGGCCUACAGACCCGUGUGCGCCAAAGACGGGCACACAUACGACAAUGACUGCUGGCGCCAGCAGGCCGAGUGCCAGCAGCAGCGUGCCAUCCCCCCCAGGCACCAGGGCCCGUGUGAUCAGCCCCCGUCCCCGUGCAUCGGGGUGCAGUGCCUGUUCGGGGCCGUGUGUGCCGUGAAGAACGGGGAAGCCGAGUGUGUGUGCCAGCACGCGUGUCCGAGAGUCUACAGCCCCGUGUGCGGCAGCGACGGGGUCACCUACGGCAGCACCUGCGAGCUGGAGUCCGCGGCCUGCGUCCUCGGACGAGAGGUCCUGGUGGCUCACAGAGGACCCUGCGACCGCUGUGGGCAGUGCCGCUUUGGAGCCGUGUGCGAGGCUGAGACUGGGCGCUGCGUGUGCCCCUCGGAGUGCGUGGCCCUGGCCCAGCCCGUGUGUGGCUCUGACGGGAACACGUACGCCAGCGAAUGUGAGCUGCAUGUCCACGCCUGCACACGCCAGAUCAGCCUGCAUGUGGCCUCAGACGGACCUUGCCAGACCUGUGGAGACACGGUGUGCGCCUUCGGUGCUGUGUGCACCCCCCCCCUCUCGGGCGCUGGGUGGACAAUGAGGAGGGGCCACGCCCCCCCACUGACACCGCCCCCCCAGGUCUGCGGCUCCGAUGGCGUCACCUACGGCACCGAGUGUGAGCUGAAGAAGGCCCGGUGCGAGUCCCAGCGAGAGCUGGACGUCGUGGCUCAGGGAGCCUGCCGAGCCUGCAGCUGUGACCCCCGGGGUGCCGUGCGGGACGACUGUGAGCAGAUGACUGGGCUGUGCUCCUGCAAGCCCGGGGUGGCCGGACCCAAGUGUGGGCAGUGUCCCGACGGCCGUGGCCUGGGCCCUGCUGGUUGUGAAACAGACGCCUCGGUGCCCAGGACCUGUGCGGAAAUGCACUGUGAGUUUGGGGCCUCCUGCGUGGAGGAGGCUGGCUCCGCCCACUGUGUGUGCCCAACACCCACCUGUCCGGAGGCCAAUGCUACCAAGGUGUGUGGGUCGGAUGGAGUCACCUACGGUAACGAGUGCCAGCUGAGGACCAUCGCCUGCCGCCAGGGCCUGGACAUCUCGAUCCAGAACCUCGGCCCGUGCCAGGAGGCUGUGGCUCUCGGCGCCCGCCCCACACCCGUGCCUGUGGCCACCUCGGUGCGCUACCUGAGUGAGGCACUCCCGCCCAGCGCCCUCCCCCUGGCUCCUGGCAGCAGCCCCCACAACCCACCCACCCCCGGCCCAGGGAAGCUGCACCAGCAGCUGGGCUCAGACUACCCCUCCCCAGGACCUGAGCCCCCCGAGGGUGGCAGCGAGGUGACCCCUGGGCCACCCAUCGAGAGGGCUUCCUGCUACAACUCCCCUUUGGGCUGCUGCUCGGAUGGCAAGACGCCCUCGCUGGACGCGGAGGGCUCCAACUGUCCCGCCACCAGGGCGUUCCAGGGUGUGCUGGAGCUCGAGGGGGUCGAGGGGCAGGAGCUGUUCUACACGCCCGAGAUGGCUGACCCCAAGUCCGAGCUGUUUGGGGAGACAGCCAGGAGCAUCGAGAGUGCGGUGAGUUCGAGGUGUUGGGUGGGGCGCAGCUCCCUCUCCUCCCAGGCCCGGCCCAGAUGUAACCCCCACGGCUCCUACGGUGGCACCUGCGACCCGGGCACCGGCCAGUGCUCCUGCCGCCCGGGUGUGGGGGGCUUCAAGUGUGACCGCUGUGAGCCCGGCUUCUGGAACUUCCGUGGCAUCGUCACCGACGGCCGGAGUGGCUGCACCCGACCUGAGCCCCCCGAGGGUGGCAGCGAGGUGACCCCUGGGCCACCCAUCGAGAGGGCUUCCUGCUACAACUCCCCUUUGGGCUGCUGCUCGGAUGGCAAGACGCCCUCGCUGGACGCGGAGGGCUCCAACUGUCCCGACUCCCAGCCCUGCCUGUAUGGGGGGACCUGCCAGGACCAGGACGCGGGGGGAGCCUUCACCUGCAGCUGCCCAGCCGGCAGGGGGGGCGCUGUCUGUGAGAACGCUCUGCACCCCUCGGUGCCGUCCUUUGGGGGCCGCUCACUGUCUCGGCACUGGCGCCAGGGGACGCUCUCGGUGGACGGCGAGCCCCCCGUCCUGGGCCAGAGCCCCAGUGGCACUGAUGGACUCAACCUGGACACAGACCUCUUUGUGGGCGGCGUCCCUGAGGACCAGGCCGCCGUCACCGUCCUCAACCUGAAGGAGCCACUGUACCUGGGGGGAGCCCCCGACUUCAGCAAGCUGGCCCGGGCCGCCGCUGUGUCCUCCGGCCUCGAUGGCGCCAUCCAGCUGGUCGCCCUGAAAGGCCAUCAGCUGCUGACCCGGGAGCACGUGGUGCGGGCGGUGGACGUCUCCUCCUUCGCAGACCACCCCUGCACCCAGGCCUCGGGCCACCCCUGCCUCAACGGGGCCUCCUGCCUCCCCCAGGAGGCCUCCUACACCUGCCUGUGCCCCGGGGGCUUCUCGGGGCUCCACUGCGAGAAGGGGCUGGUAGAGAAGUCGGCAGGGGACCUGGACGCACUGGCCUUUGAUGGACGGACCUACAUCGAGUACCUCAACGCUGUGACGGAGAGCGAACUGACCAAUGAGAUCCCAGCCCCCGAAGCUCCAGACCCCGGGGCCCUUCCUAGCGAGAAGGCGCUGCAGAGCGCCAGACCUGGAGGCGGCAGGGUGGGCCUCGAGUCACCUGAUGGCUCCCCCCCUCACCCCAGGGAACAGAGGGAAGGCUCCCUGCAGGUGGGCAAUGAGGCCCCGGUGACCGGCUCCUCCCCGCUGGGCGCCACGCAGCUGGACACAGACGGAGCCCUGUGGCUGGGAGGCCUGGAGAGACCGCCCGUGGGCCCCGCCCUGCCCAAGGCCUAUGGCACGGGCUUCGUGGGCUGCCUGCGGGACGUGGUGGUGGGACGGCGGCCGCUGCACCUGCUAGAAGACGCAGUCACCAGGCCCGAGCUCCGGCCCUGUCCCGCCCCGUGAGCCCGCCGUGGCCCGCCCCGCACCCUGCUGUAAUUAUUUUAUAUUUUUGUAAACUUGUUGCUUUUUUGAUAUGAUUUUCUUGCCUGUGUUUUGGCCGGAGGGACUCUGGGCCUGGCCUCCCUCCUGUCCAGGCAGGCGAGCUGCAGAGGCAAACUCGGGGCCGCGGGGCUCUCGGGGCGGACGUGGCCACAGGGAGGGCGUGGCUCGGACAGCAGCCUCAGGACACACCCUCCACCGGGCCACCAUGUCCCCGCCCCUCCCGCUGGGCUUCCCUGCCUGUCAGCAGCCCCCCCAACACAUUGAGCCCCACCCUGCCAGUCUGGGUCCCCAGAGCCGGGAGCUGCUGCCGGAUGCAGGGGGCCUUCCCAGGCCUCCCCUGAGCUGGACCUCGUCCCACUGGGAGGGGCCGGCCUGCCUCAGACUGGCCUCGAGCCUGGCGGCCCCUCCUGGGCCUCCUGGGCCAAUACUGUGACUUAGAGAUGACGUUCCUGCUGGGGCCACCGGCAUCCCUGCUCUCGCUGUGUCUGCCAGCCCCAGGUGCUGGAGGCAGAGGCCAGGCCCAGGACUGUCGGGGGCCCUCACCUCCCUGGCCCUGCCCACCAGGGACGUGGCUGUGUCCCAUCCCGACACCUCGGGGCCCCGGGAGGAACCCUGAGAGGGAGUGGGCCAGUGUGGUGUGUUGGUGUCCGUUGCCUGCUCGCCUGGGCAGCCGGCGUCCAUGCCUGACCACCAACCAGAGUUCUCAGUGCAUUGAGUUUACUUGACGUCUGGGGAGGGGGCUCAUCGUGCCCGAGGGCAGCUGAGGACACCACACGGCAAACCCUCUCCCGUCCUGGUGGGAGUGGGGGGUCCUCGUUCGAGAAGGACGGGGGCCGGCCGGGUGUCUGACUGAGGCCCAGGAGUGGGUGCAGAGACGGCUGCGAAGCCAGAAACGCCUUAAAUUGCAACAUCGCGUCAUCCCAACCAGCCUGCCCCUCCUGCACCUAGUCCUGGGGUGUGGCACCCCAACUCCCACAGCUGGGCUGGGAUGUCAGGCCCACAGGCUGAAGGGAGCCCCCGUACGUCACACUACUAACACCUCCAGUCUGUCUGUCAAUCACCGUGAAAUAAAGUCUGAACAUGU